AUGGUUGAAGCAGAGCAAGAUGAUGAAAACCGGAAGUGUAAUCUCAUGAACAUGCUGGCAGCCAUGGCUACUCAGCUUUUUCUUCUUCUUCUUCCUCUUCGACCUGCUGCUGCUGCUGCUGCUCUAACUCCUUUAUUUUUCCAUCUCGAAGGAGAGAGCAGUAAGUUUUACUUACUUGCCGCCCGCCCGCCAAGGGCGCUUAGAGCUCCAAAGGGGCUGGGUUUUCCUCACGUGAUGAACGAUUAUCCAGGCUUGGCGUUGAGGCUAAAGUUAGUUGCCGCCAAGGUUUCGGCUAUUUUUAUUCUUAUUUCAUGCCAUUUUUUCCUCCGCUACGCCGCACACGUAAUGAAUGGACGGGGCACUCCAAUUGGGGGCCGGCGGCUGCAGAACAGCCCUGAUAGGACAGAUCCGUUGUCAAUGCAUCCUCAAACCUUUAGCUGA